AGCCCUGGUCUCGCCGAGCUCUGUUCCUAGACUCUCACCCGUCCGGCACGUUCCUGUGCGCCUGGCAUUCUGAUUCGCCCGCCCGCGCCCCGCCACCCCCUCCUCAACCGACGGGGCAAAAGCUGCUCCGGGAGGAGGAGGUCAAGUCCUCCGCCCAGGCCGGGCGCGAGCGGAGCCCAGGGAGCGCAGCAGACGCGCGGCUACCGCAGCGGCGCAGGAGUUACAAAGUCGGCGUGCGAGACUCCGCCGCCACCCGGCGGCCCCAGCGCAGCUCCGGCAGCCGCAGCGCCCCCAGCGUGGCGCCCCCCGGCCGGGCCAGCUGCCCGGGACCCGGGCUGGGGCGCAGAGGGAGCCUGGAGCCCGGCGCCCCCAUGCGCCGCCCUGCCGCCGCCGCCGCACCACAGCUAUGACCCUGAGCACGGAGAUGUCCGAUGCCUCCGGCCUCGCGGAGGAGACAGACAUCGACGUGGUGGGGGAGGGCGAGGACGAAGACGACGAGGAAGAGGAGGACGACGACGAGGGCGGUGGUGGCGGGCCCCGGCUGUCUGUACCCGCGCAGCGGCGGCGGCGGCGGCGCUCGUACGCCGGGGAGGACGAGCUGGAGGACCUGGAGGAAGAGGACGACGACGAUGACAUCCUGCUGGCCCCGCCUGCUGGGGGGUCCCCGGCGCCCCCGGGUCCGGCCCCGGCGGCGGGGGCGGGAGCCGGUGGGGGCGGCGGCGCGGGCGCUGGCGGCGGCGGUGGCGGCAGCGGCGGGAGCGCCGGUAGCGGCGCCAAGAACCCGCUGGUGAAGCCGCCCUACUCGUACAUUGCGCUCAUCACCAUGGCCAUCCUGCAGAGCCCCAAGAAGCGGCUGACGCUGAGCGAGAUCUGCGAGUUCAUCAGCGGUCGCUUCCCCUACUACCGGGAGAAGUUCCCCGCCUGGCAGAACAGCAUCCGCCACAACCUCUCGCUCAACGACUGCUUCGUCAAGAUCCCCCGCGAGCCCGGCAACCCGGGCAAGGGCAACUACUGGACGCUGGACCCCGAGUCCGCCGACAUGUUCGACAACGGCAGCUUCCUGCGCCGGAGGAAGCGCUUCAAGCGGCAGCCGCUCCUCCCGCCCAACGCCGCUGCCGCCGAGUCGCUGCUGCUGCGCGGCGCGGGAGCCGCAGGGGGCGCGGGCGACCCGGCCGCCGCCGCAGCACUCUUCCCGCCCGCGCCGCCGCCGCCCCCGCAUGCCUAUGGCUACGGCCCCUACGGCUGCGGCUACGGCCUGCAGCUGCCGCCCUACGCGCCGCCCUCGGCCCUCUUCGCCGCCGCCGCAGCCGCGGCCGCCGCCGCCGCCUUCCAUCCGCACUCGCCCCCGCCGCCUCCGCCACCGCAUGGCGCGGCCGCCGAGCUGGCCCGGACAGCCUUCGGCUACCGGCCGCACCCGCUCGGCGCCGCCCUGCCCGGCCCCCUGCCGGCCUCCGCGGCCAAGGCAGGCGGCCCGGGCGCCUCAGCGCUGGCGCGGUCGCCCUUCUCCAUCGAGAGCAUCAUCGGGGGCAGCCUGGGCCCGGCCGCCGCUGCCGCCGCCGCUGCGCAAGCCGCCGCAGCCGCUCAGGCGUCGCCCUCGCCCUCGCCGGUGGCGGCGCCGCCCGCGCCCGGAUCCGGCGGAGGAGGCUGCGCGGCGCAGGCGGCCGUGGGCCCGGCAGCCGCGCUCACCCGCUCCCUCGUGGCCGCCGCGGCCGCCGCUGCCUCCUCCGUCUCCUCGUCCGCUGCCCUGGGGACUCUGCACCAAGGGACUGCCCUGUCCAGUGUCGAGAACUUUACUGCUAGGAUUUCCAAUUGUUAAUAACGCUAUGUUAGCCUGCUCGAGGAAGAAGGUAGGAAUCCCAGCUCCUUUUCUCCUCUCGGUGGUUCGGGGUUUUGUUCGCUCCUCCCGGCGCGGCCCCUCUCGACCUUGCGCGCCCAUUUUCUCCGCUGCGAAUAUUAAGACGAAACUGUUUAUCAACAGCUCGGGCUCGCUUUUCGGCUCUGCGGGUCCCUCUAUUUAUGCAGAGUCGUCCUAUGCUACAGCCCCGCGACCUGGGGCAGGGAGGAAGAGGGUGUUGGGGAAGGGGGUCCGCUCUGUGUAGGCACUAGGGGCUCCCUAGAUGUUUGGCAGAUGAAAAACAACUAAGCCUUUUGAGGUGUGCAGAUUCUCAGGUCCAGGCCUUAAAAAUAAUGUUCAAAAUAAUAAUACAAAAAUAGUGAAGGUCUCGAAGAAUGCCAGCGAAGCAAUACUUUUUUAUUUGAGGACAUUUGUCUGGAGUACUUUUUCAUGAAAAGGAAAAAAAAUGGUUAACAUGUUUACACAAGGAAAAAAGUCAAAAUUAUCCUUUCUUAUUUCAACCUGUGUUUUAUAUCAUAACAGAUGUGCGGAAUUUUUAUUUUGUACUUACUGUGUAUUCUUUACAAGGAGUAUUGUAAAUUUUACUGGCAAUUGUACUAUUCUAAAUGUAAGGUUUUUACACUUUUUAAGAAAUAAAAGUGCUUAAUUUUCAAAGAAAAUUCACCAAAA